AUGGCGACCGUUAUCAAGGGCCUUGGACGGGCUGGUCCGCCAAUCAUGAUGCUGGCGCUCUUCCUGACCGCCUUCCCGCCCGUGUUCGGUUACUCAUCCCUGAUCACCAUGUCGGGGUAUGUGUAUGGGUUCGGACUUGGCCUCUUUAUCGCAUACACAUCUGCUCUCUUGGGAUCCAUUGCUUGCUUCUACCUCUGCCGUCGGUGGUUCAAGGUCCAAGUUAGGGCGCUCAUGGCCAAGAAGCAAAGCAUGAAAUCUGUCGUCAAGGCUGUUGAAAAGCGGGGGUUCAAGUUGAUGGUCCUGAUUCGAUUGGCGCCAUACCCAUUCAACGUCAUGAACGCGCUCCUUUCAGCGACUCAUAUCCCCCUCUCAACGUUCGCCCUCGCCACAGCCCUCUCGCUCACAAAAUUGGCGCUACAUGUCUAUAUCGGAUCGACCCUAUCCUCCCUGGCUCCUAUUACCACACCUGAAGGCGAAACCACCAACCCUGACGGAUCUCUGCCACCAACCACUCCAGUCAACGGCGAUACCCAUGGUCGCAACUUGAAGAUUGUCUUUAUGGUGAUCAGCAUCAUCAUUGGAUUCGCAGUCGGUGCCUAUGUCUGGACAGUUGCCAAGCGGGAGAUUGCGGCCAGCGAAGGAAUCCGGAUCGAGAGACGCAAAAAGAGACGCGCUUCUCUGAGACAGAGUCGGGCUUCCAUGAGAUCUGUCGAGGGACUUGGUUCUGGACGUGAUAACUACCUUCAACGACACCUCUUGGCCAGAUCAGGCUCUUCGGGCGGGAUUGCUGAACUGGGACAGGAUAAUGUGCCGGCCAUUGAUUUGACUUCUUCGGGAUCUGAAUUUGUUGGUGGGGCGGUUGGGUUCUCGAUAAGUGGGUAUCAGGAUGAAGAGGAUGAUGGAUUGGAAGAUCAGGCGCUGGUUGGAAAUGGCGGAGAACGAUCAUCGCAUCACCUUCACUCGCUCUCCAGGUCUGGGAUCAAUCUUGCAGUAGGAGGAGGGUCAGGACGCGCAGAUUACGGAUCGGAUUCUGACGAGUCUGACUUCUUGGACGACGAGGACGACUAUGACGAUGAUGAUAUGAGUGACAUGGAGCGCGGAAUCGAUAACGACGACAGCAAUGCUCAUGGCCGCAACUCAAGGAGGGCAUCGUUUACAGGACAGAACAGCACAGAAAUGAAUGUCCGAAAUCCUUUACCCCGCCACACCCAGGGAUCAUCAUUAGGGACCUCCUCCCAGAAUACAAUGGGCUGGUUUGCAGAAAACGGCGUCGAUAUCAGCAACAACGACAGGGGAUGGUGA